CAAUCCAUUAACAUAGGCUGGUCCUGUAUUCAAACUUCGAAUGCUGAUCUUAGCAGUGGCCACUAUCGCCCACCUGCCGCAAACUUCCGUGCGUUCAUCCAUUCCCUCCAAGACAAAGGGGUCGACAUGUCCCAUGUAUCUAUCAGCAAAUCAUAUGCGGUUUUGGCGGGGAUCGAGGGAUAUACUCGAGCGAAACGAAAGGUGCGCACUAUGCAGGAAAAGGUGGAUGGUGUUAUACAUAAGUUUCACUGGGCUCGCCAGGAACAUGCGGAGAACCGUCAGCGGGGUGAAACCGACAUCAAUAAAGGUAAAACGGAUGAGCCAACCAGCCAGAAUCCAACCUUGGAUGAUCAUUGGGAUAGGGGCGCUCCAAGCCUCGAUCUUCCAUACCGCACAAAGCCGGGUGCAGGGCCACGCGGGUCACAAUCUACAGGAGAGGUUGGACAACAGAGCUCGUCUAGUGUUCCUGAAGACCACACGAUAUAAUAGGUACUCGAUACUAUCGUGUGUAAGACUCGGGUAGUCUUUUCUUAUACUCCGUAUGUACUUUUAUCAUGUUUGAUAGACCCCUCUAGAGUGUAGUUGUUAUACCCAGAAUUGACUAUUGUUCUUCCU